AUGUAUGACGCCACCACUACCUGUUCCGUGCACCACACUCAUCACCACACUCAUCUUACUCAUACCCCGCAUCCUCAAGCCAACAAAGGAGGAUUUGUUGUGGCGGGCGUUGGCUACGGUGGCGCGGAGCAGGGCGUUAUUGCUGAGUCUGGACUGCGCAUGGCAACUGCUAGUGAAGUCCAAGUAAAAAUGGCUGACGCAUCAGAAGUAAGCAUUUCUGGUCCCCCACCCACCUCCCCCACUGCGUUGCUCCCCCCAGGAGCAUCCAUUUGCUCCCCUCCAUCCCCUCUCUCCAUGAUGGAUCUCAUCACUGUUGGUUCACCGGUUGCCAUUGACUGCAGCCCGAGUUCGACGUCAGUGGAUUUGCCGUCGCCGAGACUAGAAAUGCCGACGCCAGAGCGGCUGCUGGACGCCGGUGAGGCUGGCGCCGAGAAGCAGCACUCGAUCAUCGAGCGCGUCUGGCAGGCUUUCGGCGGCUGGACAGCGGGCAACACCGAAGCUAACAAUGCCACUGAACUUCGUCAGGCAGUUUUGACCCCCACGGGGAAUGUCUUCGUGCAGAACAGCGCCGACUUCCCCGUCCGGCCUGAGCGCUCGUCAAAAGAAGCAGCGGGCGCGGCGCCCCCCGACUACAGCGAGGAGUCUGGCAUCGAGGCGACGACAGUGUGCUCCAGCACCACUGACCUCACCACAGUCAUGUAUGACGCCACCACUACCUGUUCCGAGCACCACACUCAUCACCACACUCAUCUUACUCAUACCCCGCAUCCUCAAGCCAACAAAGGAGGAUUUGUUGUGGCGGGCGUUGGCUACGGUGGCGCGGAGCAGGGCGUUAUUGCUGAGUCUGGACUGCGCAUGGCAACUGCUAGUGAACUCCAGGUAAAAAUGGCUGACGCAGCAGAAGUAAGCAUUUCUGGUCCCCCACCCACCUCCCCCACUGCGCUGAUCCCCCCAGGAGCAUCCAUUUGCUCCCCUCCAUCCCCUCUCUCCAUGAUGGAUCUCAUCACUGUUGGUUCACCGGUUGCCAUUGACUGCAGCCCGAGUUCGACGUCCGUGGAUUUGCCGUCGCCGAGACUAGAAAUGCCGACGCCAGAGCGGCUGCUGGACGCCGGUGAGGCUGGCACCGAGAAGCAGCACUCGAUCAUCGAGCGCGUCUGGCAGGCGUUCGGCGGCUGGACAGCAGGCAACAGCGAAGCUAACAAUGGUACGACAGGUUUCUGCACAGAAGAAGUCACUACAUUCGGCCUUAAGUUAUUCCGGGAGCGCGACAAGCUGUUCCUGGCUCGCAUGAUGGCGCUGGAACUUAUCCAAGCGCUGAAAUUCAAGGUUACUUUACCUGACAGCAACUUGGUCAUGUUCAUGUUUUUAAUGCUGAAGGAUAAUGGCGGAAGUAUUGGCCCCAACCCUGUACUGGACGUGACGACAAGCCCCUCGGGCACAGAUCCUCUGAGUCCACAAACUUCGACGCUGGUGGCUGAGUGCAUCCGCGCCUCCUACAUCAGCGACAUUAUGGACUUCAUCGCAGACGUCCACACGCUCACCAAGAUAAAGAGUGGCCUGAACCAAGACACCAUAGGCGGGCUCCUGAAGGCCGGCAUAGCGCAGUACCUCUCGCUGGAGAUCAGCCGUGGCCACGCAAGAGAUACGAGGUUCUUCAAUAAAUAUCUUCCGUGGCUAAACAACCCGCCCACUGCCAUGCAACAAGGGCAAAAAGAGUUUCUGGACUGCGUAAGCCACAUCAGGCUACUGUCAUGGCUGCUGGUUGGGUCACUCCUGCAUACCUGCAACCAGACGGGUACUGGUACCAGCAUACCAUCUGUGUGCAUGCCUGUACCACCUGACGCCUCCUGCCACAUCGCUGACCACAUUCAGGUGAUCUUGUCGGGCUUCCCCGAGCAGUCCAAGGCGUCCGUCAUCAACAUGUCGUCCCUCUUCCUCGCCUUCAUCCUAUCCCAGGUGUGGACGGUGUACCUGGAGCAGAACGCAGGUACUCCAGGUACCGACGUCUACAACUCCACGUGCGCGUUGCUCACAGACUUCUGGGCUAAGGUCACGCCAUCCAUCCUACAGCUCGUCUCGCACUCUAAAGUUGAAAACGAGUCCCUGCAGUUGGGUGAGAUGGUGAGUCUUCACUUCUUGUCGCUGCUGGAGGCGCUGCAGGAGUGUGGCUCGACCGUCCUGACAAGGCUCCUGCCUCUCUGGACGCCUCUACUGCACUCCCCCCAUCACGGCAAGUUGGGUGAGAUGGUGAGUCUGCACUUCUUGUCGCUGCUGGAGGCGCUGCAGGAGUGUGGCUCGACCGUCCUGACAAGGCUCCUGCCUCUCUGGACGCCUCUACUGCACUCCCCCCAUAGUCUCCACUUCCUGGGCGGCGUGAACCCUCCUGCUAGCCCAGGAGACUUCAGUGCCUACACAGUGCUGGCCUACUACGCCGGUCCUCCAGCACUAGGAAGUCUGCAGUGGAUAGAAUUCAACCUAUCGUCGCCCGUCUGCUCCCGCUACGUGGCUGUCAACAAACGCGCGCAGCAUCCGUAUCCAUUCUACCUGCUGGUGGUUGUAGAUUUGGAGAUCUGGACUUCGUACUAA